AAGAAACUGAAACGAAGUGAAAAGCUUUUUGUUUGUUUGGUUUUGGAUUGGUCAGAGUUUUUGUUAAUUUGCUUCUAUUUCUUUCAACUCUAAAUUAAAUCUCAAACAGUGCCCAUAAAUAAUGUUAACAAAGUUGAGCUUCGAGGACAACCUCUACAAUUUACUAUUGGAGAAAAAGUAUGAGACAAUUCUUGAGUUCUUGAAAAAUCCAGAAAAUGAAGAACUCAUUAAAAGUAGAGUUUGGAACUUAAUAAACAAGAUAUGUUUAACCGUUAAAACCAACAACAUUUUGGAACACGAGUCUGAUCUUGUACUCUGCAAGAAGAUACUGCUCCACAUUGUAGAUCAUGGUAAACCACGAGAAGUUAUUGUGGCCCUCAUGGAAGAAGCCGAUAGCUUCAAAGAGCAUUCGUUUUUCUGUCUCUUGUUAGAACCAUUAAAGAAGACACUGAAGAAGGUUCCUAGCAAGCGGGUUAAGACCCUCGAAUGGGUUUUGAGUUCUUUAAAUGCGCAUAUUGAAUCGCUUCCCCCACCGAACGAUUACGACCUUGAAGGGGAGGAGAAGAUGCUGUUGGAUGCGACACCGGAAGUGGUGGACUCGAAUUACGUUUUGUCCAACUACUACAGUUUUGUUGAGUUUUUCAUAGAUGAGGUCAGUUCCGAGAAAACAAAAUCUUCAGCUGAUAGAAUUGAAUUCCAGCGAGAGAUACUAAGGAAAUAUAUAUUAAAACUGUUUCAUCAUCCCUUUUUGUAUCUAGACUUACAUGUGGAAGACGAAAGAAAGUCAAAAAGUACGACACAUAUUUUAUGUGAAAAUUAUCUGAAGAGCUUGUGCAGAAUCUGCCGUAAUGUUUUUGAUUUAUAUAAAUAUGAGCAAUCUUCAUUUCCUAUAAAAAAAAUUGCUGCUGAGGAAGACUGCGAAGAACCUGUGUCAUUGUUGGCUUUUUCUAAUUUAUCAUAUCUAAUAUUCGUAGAAAAACUUGCCAUUGACUCUCAGCCUUUUGUAUAUAGUCAUAAGUACAUCUUCAUGAAUAAUUUAAAAUAUAUGAAGCAAUUGUUACAUGAAACAAACAAUUGUGUGUUGUUCAAAGGACUUUUGUUAACUCGCGAACUUUUAAAUAGCCUUGAAAGUUUUGAAAUCAGCUAUAGUUGUGUUGAAAUAAAUUUAUACACAGAAUUGUCUAAGCUACUUCUAAAUGUUGCCGUUCACUGCCAAGUGAAACACUGUAGACAGAUAGCCAUUAAUAACUUUUUAACUUACAUCGAAAAAUGUGAUUGGAAAGCCAGGUAUCACUUAAUAUUACAGGUGGUGUGCACUGUGGAACAUUCCGGUUGUGUUGGACUAGCUAUAGAUCUCUAUAAAAAUUAUCUGCACACGAAUAUGAAUGAUCCUACUUCUUAUUUUCUCGGUAAGAACUUAAUGCUGUUUAUGAAGAAGGUCUUUAUUCUGCUAGAGGGUGCAGAAACAGAUUUGCUUGAAAAUAAUGACAGAAUAAUGUCGACAUUAAACUUUCUCCGCUACCUUGUACUAAGGGAUGACAGAAGUAAAAAUUUCACAGGCAUUUGGGACAUCAUAGACGCUCUUUCAGAGUCGUACUUGAAACCUUUAGCGGAAGCUAUUAACUUAUCCCGGGCCCAUUACAAGGAGACUGCCAAGCAAGCGGGCAAAAAACAAAAGACUGUUGUAACAGUAAACAAUACUCUCAUGCCCAGUGCUGCGUGGAAAGAAAUAUAUGAAAAAGCACUCUUAAAUUUUGAUGUUUUGGAAAGUUUACUUUCUAGAAUACGAGAGAUAAUUGAAUAAUAAUUUAAAUAAAUUUAUGCAUUUUUAUUGUCA